CGCGGUCCACGGUUCACAAUAUUUCCGGGUGCUAGUGCCGGAUUUGUUUAUAUUCAUCAUUAUUAUAUUUAAUUUAACAUAAUAAUUAUUAUUGUAUAUGAAAUGACACUGACAAGUUCCUACAAUCAAUAAAUACUUUUACAAUAAAAUACUUUUAAUAAUUAAAAAAAAAUAAUUAUUAAUCAUCUAAUCAUUCAAAUAAAAAAAAAAAAAAAACUCACGUUUUUUUUUCCCGCCAUUUUUCUUUCCUCUUUUUUUAUUGUUAUUAUUAUUAUUUUUUUUUUACUGUAUGAUGCUGAAUGACGGCUCAAUGCUCCCGCCAAAUUGCGGUGGUCAAGGUUACUGGUUGAAAGAAAAUAUAAAUAAAAUAAUUAUUAAUAAUAUUAAUUAUAAAUAAUAUAUAUAUAUUUCGAAAUUAAUUAAAUAAAUUUGCUCGUUUUUUAAAUUUAUUUUGUGUCGUGGCGGGAAAAAAUAAUUGGGGGGAGGGAUUUAAUAUUGACUUAAUAGUGUGUGAUGAAAAUGUGAUUGUAUAUUGUCAUAUCGAUGAACAUGUGAACAUAAAGACAAGUGUUCAAAAAUUUAAAAAUAUAUUUAUGAAUUAUUAGACAGUUUUUAUUUAAUUAUAUAUUGUUAUUAAUAUGACUGUUUCAAUAUUAUAUCGAAGCUUGAAGAAUCUAGUCAAAAUUAGGUGUUGAAAAAAAUUCAUUGAAAAUAAUUAACAUUAUUAUUAAAUUUAAUAAUUAUUUUUACACACAACCAAACGUGUAUAAUAUUUUUUUGUCAUAUUUAUUUAUUUAUAUUUAUUGUUGAAAAAAAAGUGUGUUCAUGUGUGACGAGUUUGAAGACUGAACAAAAACAAUAUAUAGAAAAUGCAUUCGUUGCACCUGAAUUAUAUCAAGUGAUAAACAAAAAAAUUUAAAAUUCAAUUCGAAUCAAUACUAAUGAAUGAAAACACAUUGAUAUUAUUAUUAUCAAAUAGUAAAUUAACCUUGAGUGUUAAAAAAGAAUUUUAAAAUUUUUUUUAUCACCUACUUAUUAAUGAUAUAAAUAAAAUAUAAACAUUUUUUUCAAGCAACUUCAAGUGAUAUUAUUUUAACAAAAAAAAAAAAAAAAAACAAAUGAGUUGUUGUAAUAUUAGUAUAAUUUUUUUUAUAGUGACGUGCAAUUUACUGUUAUGAAUUUUUCGAAAAAAUAUAUAUACAAAAGUUUAGUUGAAAUAUUAUUCUUUUAUUUAUAAAAAAAAAAAAAAAAAAAGUGCUGAUAAAAUGAAGAUGUUACUGUGAAUUAGUUGCCAACGAAAAAAAAAAAAUAAAUAUUAAGUGAAGAGUGACUACUAAAUAAUAAUAAAUAAUAACUUAAUUAUUGUAAAAUGUAUCCAUGGUAUAGAGAAAGUGUCGCAGCGGCUGCUGCUGCUAGUCUUGGUGGUCCUGUUGGUGUUGUUGGUUCUGGAUUCUGUUCUACAGCACCUGGACAAGGUGCAACAACAAUUAAGACUGAGAGCGGAUACUCCGACUGCAUGCUGGCCCUUGAUUACGUCCAGAGCAAGUAUCCAUCAAAUUUCUACUUUCAGAAAGCAUCGUUUGCUUGGUCUGAAGGUGGUGAAGAUGGUGCCGUUGGCGGUGGGGUUAAUGCAACAAAUGGAACGAAUGGCAAUGGCGUAACCGGAGCAGGUGCAACAAGUGGUGGGGGUCCUGGUAGUGGGGGACUGGCCCAUUGGGUCAGUGUCAUGGCCGAACACAUUCACAACCCCCACUCAACUACUGGUGUUGGGGGUGUCCAUCAUCAACAACAAUCACCAUCACAACCAUCAUAUCCAUGGAACAACGGAAUAACAAGUGACCAAUGUAAUCCCCAUGAGAAGGACGGAGAUUAUUGGGGAACCGGACGUGGUACUGCCAAACAAGGUUACGAGCAUUUUUUGUUACAGGCUAAAAUGAAUGCUGAUCAUGGACACAUACAAAAAGGGGAUGAACAGUAUCGGGGUACGGGUGGUGGAAGCAGUAGUGGAAGCCCUCCAGCGAGUCUCUUAGUUGUCCCUCAACCAUUGACUGUUAAACCCUCACAUCCAUCACAUCUUAAUCCUCAUCUGGGUGCACCACAUUCGCAUCCAACCAGGAAGUAUCAGUGCAAGAUGUGUCCGCAAAUAUUUGGAAGUAAAGCAGAUCUUCAAUUACACACACAAAUCCACAUGAGGGAGGCUAAACCAUAUAAAUGUACGCAAUGUACAAAAGCAUUUGCAAAUUCUUCAUAUUUAUCACAACAUACAAGAAUACAUCUUGGUAUUAAACCAUAUAGAUGUGAAAUAUGUCAACGUAAAUUUACUCAAUUAAGUCAUUUACAACAACACAUUCGUACACAUACAGGUGAUAAACCAUAUAAAUGUCGUCAUCCUGGUUGUACAAAAGCAUUCAGUCAACUAAGUAAUCUUCAAAGUCACUCACGUUGUCAUCAAACUGACAAACCAUACAAGUGCAAUUCAUGCUACAAGUGUUUUUCAGAUGAGCCAAGUUUACUUGAGCACAUACCAAAACACAAAGAAUCAAAACAUUUAAAAACUCAUAUAUGUCAAUAUUGUGGUAAAAGUUAUACACAAGAAACAUAUUUAGCAAAACAUAUGCAAAAACAUGCUGAAAGAACAGAUAAAAGACCACCAAUACUUGGUACUGGUUUAAGGCCAUCAAUACAUGGUAUGGCUGCACCAGGACAUCAUCAAGAACAUCAUUAUUGGCCAAAAGUUAGUCCAGAUUCAGUUAUAAGUGAAUUACAUGAAAGACUACCACAUCAUCAUACUGCAAUUGCUGCUGCUGCUGAGUAUCAUCAAAAUCAACAAAAUAACGAUAACAACAUGUUACUAUCAAGUCAUGGAGGUGGUGGAGGAGGCGGUGGAGGUGGUGGUAGUGGAGUUAAUGGAAGUAAUGGAGGAGGAGGAGGAGGUAAUAGUGUUCAUCGACCUGGUGAUAGUGGUGUUAUUGAAAAUGAUUCAAGGCAACAAACACCACAACCACCACCUGGUAGUAAUCAUCAUCCAAAUAGCAGUUCAGCAUUUACACCAAUAUCAUCAAUUUCAAUAAAUUCCAUAUCUUCAAUGCACAAUCCACUUAAUCCAUUAAAUCAUCUUCAUUAUCCUGGCAGUCAUCAUCCAGCAUCUAGGCCAUAUUUAUAUGAAGCAUUUAAUACAUCACAAAAAUCAUCACCAACAUCAUCGUCUGGUAUUACACCUGGCACAACGACCAAUCAGAAUUCAACCUCAUUUCCUAAUCAAUUGAUUAGUUUACAUCAAAUUAGAAAUUAUCAACCAAAUCUUAGUAAUCUUGGUAAUCUUGGUAAUUUAGGUAAUUUGAGUAAUCUUGGUAAUUUAAGUUCAUCAAUAGAAGGACACACGCUAUUAGGUGGUCUCAAAGACAAACAAUAAAUCAUUUUAAACAAUAUUUUUUAAAAAAGAAAAGAAAAAACUAAAAAAAAAAAAACUUGAAAAUUCAUUUUUACUUAUUUAAUUUUUCUUUUUGGAAAAAACUUCUUUUUUUUUAAAAAAAAAAAAAACAACAAAUUUGACUCGUGCUAUUAUCAUUAUAAAAUAUAUCAACUGUUUUUUUUUUUUUUUCAGUACAAAAUUAUUCUAGCUUUUGUGUCUGGUUGGUUUUUUUUAAAAAAAUUCUUUUUAAUCACGAAAUCGUGGUGUUUUUUAAUCAACCGUUCGAACUGUAAAUUUAUUUUUUUUUUUUUUCAACAAGACUCUUUUACCACAAGAUUUGUUGGCAAAAAAAAAUUUUAAAAAGUCCAAAUAUAGAUUAUUUUUUAUUUUUCUUAUAUACAACACAAACAACAAGUACUUAUUAAAUAUAUUAAAUUAUUUUUUAAUUUUGUGAAAAUAAAAUAUAAAAAAAAAGAAAAAAAAAAAAAAAACAGAAAUCAAUUAUAUUAUGUAUAAAAAAAAAAUAAAUGCAGCACGUAUAGUCAUGAGGGCACAAUACGAAAAAAAUAUUUUCUGUUUUGUUAUUUAAAAUGACGAUAAUAUUGAAGACAUUAAAAGGGGAGUAUAUAAGUAAAUAUUUGUUAAAUGAAUAGAAUUUUGAGUGGAGAUCAAGUCGACACGAUGAUUAUAAAAAUGAAUAAAGUUUAUCAAAACGUAAAUCGAGAAUAGUGGAAAAAAAAAAACGAGAGAAAGGAGAGAAAUAAAAAUUAAAAGAAAAAUGUUGACUGCAAAUGAAAAGUGGUAUAAAAGACGUCUUUGUAAAUAGUUAUUGUAUGUGUAUAUAUGUAUAACUGAGCAUAUAUACAUAUAUAUUUAUGAAUAUAUAAAUAAAUAUAUAUAUUAUUAUUAUUAAUUAAUUAAUAUUACUACAAUUAUUUGGUUAAGUGUGUAAGAUGAAAUUGAAAUAAAGAUGAACAAGUAUGAAAUAGACAUUAAGAAAAUUAACAAGAUAGAAACAAAAAGAAAAAAUAAAUAAAAAAAAAGAAAAAAAAAGAACGGAGAACAAAUUAUUAUUCUAUAUAUAAAUAUAUGUACCUUAUCCGAAGGAAGUGAGAUAGAAAAAUUAAUCGACGCUGUCCAGCAAAAAUAUAAUAUUCUCAAUUAUCUUUCGUGAUUUGUUUUUUUUUUUUUCUUUCUUUUUUCAUUUAUUAUAUAUACAAUUCAAAUUAUGUACUUGAAAAGAGAUAAAUAAAUAAAGAUCAUAGCUUACAAUUCGAUGAGAGUUAUUAUUCUCAAAAAAAAAUUUAUUAAAUAACAAAAUAGCAAUAAAGUAUGAAAUAUUAUUAUCGUUGAAAAUUUAUUAGUAAUUGAAAAAUAAAUAAUACAAUUUUUCAUGAUAAUUUGUCUCAUCGAAUUUGUGAUCUUGAUCAUCUAACGCAUUCUCAAGGAAUAAAUGUAGACAAAUUUAUUUAAAAAAAAAUAAUUCAAUAUAAACAAUUUAAAAAAAAAAAAAAAACAUUAAUUGUUUUAGCAAUGGGAAUACGUUAGGAUAGAUUUUAAUAAAUAAAUUUAAAUUAAAAAAAAAAUACAUAAAAUAACAUAAAAAAUAAAAAUACAUAAAAAAUAAUUUUAAAAAAAAUUAAAAAACACUGUAGAUAAUUUCUUGUUACGGCGUGAGCUCACUCUGGGUGAUUUCUAUCCAGUUAUUAUUAUUUUUUAAUAUUUCAUAAUUUUAAAAAAAUUUAUUUUUAUCAAAAAUAAUAAUUAAUUUUUAAUAUUGUCAAUUUUUUUUUAACCCUGGUCAACUUGUACCACAGUACAAAAAUUAUAUUCAAUGUCAAUAAAAAAAAAAAAAAUAAAAAAUAAAAUAGAAAAUGUCUCGUUAAUUAUAAUAUAUUAUACAAAAAAUAAAAAAAAAGAGUUUCAAUCCCGGUGAGUUAGCUUUACACACAAAUUUAAUAAUAAAAUAAAAAAUUAUAAAAAAAAAAAAUGAAAUUUAGCAAAAGAGAAUAAGUUUCUCGGUAGUUAUCGCCCGGGGAUUUUUUUUUAAAUGUUCAUCAGGCUCGCGCCUCACUUGUGCUCAAGUUGUUUAACUAUUACUUUUGUUAUUAAGAAACAAAUAAAUAAAAUAUCGAUAUUUUAUCGUUAUAACGAAUUAAUCGUAGUCGUCGAAUGAAAAAAAAAUAGGGAGUAAAUAAUAUGGUGAAGAAAAAUAUCGCUCUUUUGGUUUCCUUUAACAAUAAUUUAAUCAACAUGCAAUAAAAUAUUAUAAAAAAUAUAUUUAACUACUGUUUUCACUCUUACAUUACGUAAACAUCAAAUUUUUAUUAUUUGCCCAUGACAAAUUGUA